ACAACCAUGUGUUCCUCAUCCUAUUGUGGAACAGCCCGAAUGACCGCCGCGCGAAAAGCCCGCUGGGGCGGCUCAGCCAACCAGGGACAGAAGAGAGGAUUUCUAAUUAGCGCAUCGAUUAUGAAUGUGUGCGGAUGCCCUCGUGCACAGGGACCUCUGGUGCAUGCUCAGCGUCGUGCGUUGUUGGGGAGAGGGGAUGGUGUCAAGGGUUUGAUCUUGAAUGCUUUACUUGAGCGAAGGAGGCCGGGAUGGGAGGAAGGAGCGCGACAUGUGUGAUCUGGAGUAAUACUCGCUGUUUUCGACUGAUGAGUUUGACAGAGUUGAGCUUUUUUACGUGCAUAAACAAGUGCUAGCCUAUGAAUCAACCUCCUUUGGGAAGAUUUUACAUAGUUCUUUUAGUCUAAAGAGCAAGGUUUUGGAAUCUGAAAUUGGUGAGCAGAGGAGCCAGCUGUGCUUUGGAGGCAUUAAUUAUUUUGGCAAAAUUAAAUUCUUUUAGCCCAGUAGGUAAAUUGCCCUUCACCUAGCCCAGACGUGCAAAGAUGUGCUGUCUCCAAUGGGGAGAGAGCCAAACCAGGGGUUAAGAGAUUCUGUUUUCUACAUUCCAGCACAAUUGGGAGUGGGGGUGGAUUAUUCAGUGUUUUCCCCCAGUUAACCUUUCGGAAAUCAAAACCUUUACUCUCCCCACCUUCUUCAUUUUCAUCCUCUCACCUCCUUCAUCUUCCUCCUCUUAGAGUGAAGAGUUUGCACAACUUUGCUGUCCCUCUGUAAGCCCCUCCCUCUCCCCAAGAACCCUCUCCAACAAAGCUGGAUCAACUGUGUAUGGGAGAUCUUAUGCGGAGGAAAUAAGAUCUGCUUGUGCACAGGAACACCCAUUUGGCCUCCUAGUGUUAAAAUAAAGGCUCAGACCGGUCGGAUGUGCCAGCCAGGCAGAGGAAGUCCACCUUUCCUCCCCACCUGUCCCCUGAGAUUCACACAGGCAAGGCUGAGAACAAGCCCUGCGCUCAUUGCUUUUUCCCCCAACCUCUUAGCAGUGUGGACACUGAUUAACUACAGCUGGGAUCUAGCUUGCCCAGCCAGUCUUUGAAAUCAAUCAAUGAGUUCCUUCGCGAGGAAUGCUCCCCCCUAACCGCGGAGGACGAGGUGGUGGCUGUCGUGGUCCUCUCCAGCAUGGGCGUCCUGGUUCUGCCUGCCUAAGUGAAGACAGAACUCUGCAAACGUUUAACUACACUAGAGUUCAGUAAAACAGAAACCUUUGUGUUACAAACAACACAAAAACGUCCAAAAUUUUCUCCUGAAUUAAGUUUUGCUUCAUCAGCUUGGAUGAAAUUUUGAUAUACUACAAGUGGAUAAAUAAUGUGCACUGCUCUGAGCCCAAAGGUACGCAGUGGACCUGGCCUCUCUGAUAUGCAUCAGUAUAGCCAGUGGCUGGCCAGCAGACAUGAAGCUAAUUUGCUACCGAUGAAAGAAGAUCUGGCCUUGUGGUUAACCAAUCUAUUAGGGAAGGAGAUAACAGCGGAAACUUUCAUGGAGAAAUUGGACAAUGGUGCCCUGCUCUGCCAACUUGCAGAAACUGUGCAGGAGAAAUUCAAAGAGAGCAUGGAGGCUAACAAGCCCACAAAGAGUCUGCCCUUGAAGAAGAUUCCAUGCAAAGCCAGCGCACCCUCAGGAUCCUUUUUCGCCCGAGACAAUACAGCGAAUUUCUUAUCCUGGUGCCGGGACUUAGGGGUAGAUGAGACAUGUCUGUUUGAAUCGGAAGGUUUGGUCCUCCACAAGCAACCCAGAGAAGUGUGUCUCUGUUUGCUAGAGCUUGGCCGGAUUGCAGCCAGGUAUGGCGUGGAGCCCCCUGGUUUGAUAAAGUUGGAAAAAGAGAUUGAACAAGAAGAAACCCUUUCUGCCCCUUCUCCUUCACCUUCUCCGUCAUCAAAGUCUGCUGGAAAAAAAAGUACAGGCAACUUACUGGAUGAUGCAGUGAAACGGAUUUCUGAAGAUCCUCCUUGCAAAUGCCCGAACAAAUUCUGUGUGGAGAGGCUCUCUCAAGGAAGGUACCGAGUGGGAGAAAAGAUCCUCUUCAUCAGGAUGCUGCACAACAAACACGUCAUGGUCCGUGUGGGAGGAGGAUGGGAAACUUUUGUGGGGUACUUGUUGAAACACGACCCCUGCCGGAUGCUGCAGAUCUCCCGUGUGGAUGGCAAAACAUCCCCCAUCCAGAGCAAAUCGCCGACCCUUAAGGACGUGAAUCCAGAUAAUUACCUGGUGGUCUCUGCCAAUUAUAAGGCUAAGAAGGAGAUUAAAUGAAACUAGUUGGUCACUACAAGGGGACUCUCAUAAUGGCCUGUAUCCACUUCUCCAGUGUAGUCAGUUUAGUUCACAUGCUCUGAAAAUUACUUUGGAAAAAGUCUUAACAGACAGACAAAUGCCAUCAUAUUGAAAAACAUCCAAAGAGUAGCACUAUUUAUUGUAAUGCUUCUAUAGAAAAUGACCUAUUAAGAGAAAUUCUAAACUCAGAUUUAAAUUAGACAAAUUGUAGGCAAAUUAUUAUUUCUCAGUAUGUGAACACAGUAUUUGAGAACACAAUAUUAGAAAUACAGCUCUAGCUAGAUAAAAAUUGUUAUUAGAAGAAAAUAUUUAGGAUUUACAGUUAAGUCAACAGAAGGUGCGUGCUGUAUGUCUACAGAGGAAAAGCACCCAGAGGCAUUUUUAUAAUUGCAGGAUUUUUAAGCUAAUUUUUAAAAAGUGACAAUUAGUGGGAUAAUGUGCUACUAAAAAUAUCCAACAGCACUAUAAGUACAGAGUAUUCACAACAGUAAUACUUUACUCGAAAGGCCACUUCAGAAAAGUUUACAUUCACCUGGAAGAGUGCCUUAAAGUUUAUCCCUUACCUAUGACCAAAUAUCUGGGGUACUUUUGGAAGUUUUCAGUAAACCCCUGGGAGAGUUGCUGAUGAAGCGUUUCACACAUUCCUGAGCACGUGGCUGUGUUGAGACAGUGUAAUUCAUACACGUAAGCUGACAUACGUUUAUAUUUUGACCGAGUAAAUUGUACAGUCACAUGUGCAUUGACUUCAUGUUAUUUUAAAGCAUUUCCUUGUUAAAAUAUAUCUUUAGUUAAUCCUACUUUGCUAUGCUGUCUAGUGAGGUAAAGUCACUGUAGCUAAUGAUGUUACAGACUUAUGUAUACUCUUGUGUACCUAGGACAGAGCUGUUUUGUACCCAUAAACAGCAAAAUAUUGUCCUCCCUGAUACAAGAAUUAAAAAGAUAAAUUUAAAAAAUCUCAUGUCUCUAGAUCAGUGCUUCAUUCUGAGACAAAGAUAAUCUUCAAAGGGUAACUUCCCCUGAGAGUUAGGGGAAGAGGCAAACGAUGGUUUCCGAGUACUUACUUCUUCCCUUUGGGCUGCUGAGUGCUGCUGGUGUGUGUUCUCCUUAGCGGGGAGUCUAGUUUAUCGUAGGUAGUCCCUUAGGUGCUACCUGGAGUAUAAAAUUACAGGCAGAGUUAAUUUGUCAUUGCCUUGUUUUUCAAUGGCAGCAAAAUCCACCUGUUUUGCUCCAGAAAAUCAGGGAGGACGUAUCUCAGUUUGUCACGUCACUGAUUUAGUCGAAGCAUACACGACCUGUUAACUGGGAGGUUUAAAACAACAGGCAUGGUAUAAUUUGGUGGUGCUGGAAGUGGUGAUAAUCAUUCUGGAAAAAAAAUGAAAGUUUUGUAGGAAAUAAAAUCAGCUUGGAACAGUGAAUAAUUGUAAUAUCUUUUAAAAUACAGAUAUUGCAUGAUUUGAA